GUAACACCAAGUAGUAAACAAAAAACAGUUGGUGGUGUUUGUCAAUGCAUUAGUAAUUUCCUAGCUAUAGGGGAGCUACAGCAAAUAAAUGUAAACUUCAUUUUGUUAUAUCACUUACCACUUAAAUUACUUGAUUAAAAGACUUAUAACCAAUUAGUGAGAUGAACCUUGCGGGUUAGCCUAGUGGUUAAAGCCUAUAACUUAGGGGUUUUGCUAUCUCCUAAUGUCUCAUGGUCAAAAACCUCUUAAGUGCUAUUAAUUUUUUUGGGUCUAGUCCAUUAAUUGAGACCCCAUAGCAAGUGGACACUGUGAUUAAUCGUGAUGCGCAUAAACUUGGCCUGGACACCUGCCAAUUAGUGGGAUGUAGUUUUUGUGUAAUCUCAAACGAUAACAAUGAGAAGGUAAAUAUGAUUUGCUUUUAGUGACUUGAUUAAAAGUCUCAUAACCAAUUAGUUAAGUAUAAUUUCAAUUAUUUCUCAGAUAAAAUUAGUUCUAGAACAAACCCUUCCUUCUGCAUACGGUUCGCAAUAAGUCUUCUCUCUGAUUAUUACUCUUAUAUCUCUAUCUCUCUACUUAUUUUACCCCCAAAACUCCCUCAAACUCAAAUCAAACAAAGCCGAGCCUGAAGCAAAGGGUUGUCCAUUCUCAGCCCAUUAUUUUGUAUGUUAAGAGAUGCUUCCUUUUUAGCCAUAUAUGCGCUAAUUGAUGUGCUUCAAGUUUUACAUUUUCUCUCUUUAUUGGUAGGACCAGUAAAAAGCUGAGAUUAACAAUUCUCCGUUUUGGAACCAUUACAAAAAUCUUUUGGGUCUCCGUUUUACUGGAAUUCCAUUUGGUUACUGAUUUACUGUGGGCCAUUGGAAAACGAAAAUGCUACUGGUACACAACAGUUUGUGGGGUCCACUUUUGGGUCCAACACGAAUAAUCUGAAUCGUUCAUUAAUUUUAAAACAAAUUUUUGAGUGGCUUUUAAAAAAUCAGCUCUAUUUUGGAUAUACAUAAGUGGUUGAUUCAAUCUUUCAAGUUUUUAUUAAGAAUUCAGGAUCUUUUGAAUGAAAUUUGUAAAAGAUUGGAUCAACCCCUUACGCAUAUUCAAUGGAGUUGAUUUUUAGCAACAUCACUAUAAAAUUAUUUUAAGGUUUAUGAACAAUUUAAAUUAUUUGUAUGAGACCCAAAAAUGAGUCCGCUUGGUGUAUAUUUUCGGCACCCAUAGGCCAUAGUCGAGCUCAUUGGAAAAUAAAAAAUGUGCAACUAACACAAUCCCGGAAUAGCCGGGGGUACCCACGUGACAUAAUAUGUCGUCUCAGUAGUCUAAAGUCAAAAGACUUACUUGAAGACAAAACCUUUGAUCUGAUUGGCCUUAAUUUCUUCUCUCUCCUCCCUCUUUCAACUCCGCAGAUACUGCCCCGCUUCGCUUACACAAAAGUAGGUAUAUAGGUUAACACGUUAUAAAACACCCCAAAAUAUCAGAUACAGAAGAGAGAAAAACACUGAGGUGACAGAGAGGAAUUGUUCUUGAUCGGCUUUUUUCUGUGUUUAAUGAACAGGUGAUUGUCAUUAUGGUUCAGGGGCUCGGUUGGAAUGAGGAUGGAUUAUUUGCUUCUGCAGAUGAUUAUCAUACCUCUGUUUCUAAGAGAACCAAGCUGAAUUUCCCGCAAUCCAAUCAUCAGGAAGUAGACUCCUCUAAAAAAUCAAGUCCUCUUGGCUUGACAUUAACCAAGACACCAUCCUUCGUCAACUUGGUAGAAAUGAAACUAUCCCAAACAAGGAGCAAAAGCUGUUCAAAUGAGAAACAUCAAGCUUUAGUUCAAGAAACAAAGAUGGAUGGUUUUGUGCCUCAACCAAUGUCAGACAGAGAGAAAUUGAAGGCCUCAAACUUUCCUGCAUUACUACUAAAGAUUGGUUCUUGGGAGAGGUUAACUAGGCAAGAAGGGGAUUUGAUAGCAAAGUGUUACUAUGCCAAGAGGAAAAUUGUGUGGGAAGUGUUGGAGGGCUCUCUUAAGAGCAAGAUUGAAAUACAAUGGUCUGACAUUGAAGCAAUUAGAGCAAUUAUUCGCAACAAUGAGCCUGGAAUAUUGGAAAUUCAGUUGAAGCAAUCACCUCUGUUCUUUCGAGAGACUAAUCCACAGCCCCGGAAGCAUACUAUUUGGCACGAGGCAUCGGACUUUACGGGAGGUCAAGCUCGCAUUUGCAGGAUACAUUUAGUGAAAUUUCCUCCAGGAACUCUUGACAAGCACUACGAGAAGCUUUUGCAAUGUGAUGAUCACUUGUGGGAGCUAAGCCAAAGGCCUUUCCCAAGCUUGAAUUCUCUUUACUUCUGUUCAAGCAACAUAGAUGGAGUUUUAGAGAUCCCUUUUGAUUUCACUUCAUGCAAUUCGCCAUUCCCUCGUCCAACUAUUCCUCCAUCUUUGGUUCCUCCUCAUCAAACUCAAAAUUUCAAGUUACCAACUGGGCAACCUCUCGAUAUCGUAAACUCCAAGUCACCAAUGUCAGUUUUCAAGUGUCAAUGGAGAAAGCAAAACAGUACUGAUUCUGCACUUGAGAAUCAAUGGAUGGAUCCAAACACAGGAGUUCUUUUUGACUUUGAAAACCAUUUUCUAAGUGAGUCACAGAAUGAGUGGUCUAAUGAGAGAAAACUCCUUGCCAGAUUGCGGUCAAUGUGCCAACCAUUUCAGGAAGCAAGUCCUGAGAAUGUAAUUGGCAUGAAUCAGUUAGAGUAUAAUCAAGAAACAUUUUACAAUGAACCUUCGAUUUUGGGUGGAAACGAGACUUUUAAAGUAGGUGGUGGCAUAAUUAACCCUCGGCCCAUCGAUUGGUUGCCUUCACAAGUUUUUGAUGAGAAUCAGACGGUGAAUUUUGUAUCAGCAAACUCAUUGUAUCCAUACGAGUUGUCACAACAAAAGGUAAUGGAUUAUGCAGCCUCCGGAGUUGGCCACAAGGUCGAUCGGUAGUGUUGAAGAUGAGGAAAGUAGGGGUUGGUUGCAGGCAGGGGUGUGUGUUAGUUAAUGUUACUAGACUAUUAGGAGUUGUAGGCAGGGGUGUGAGUUAGUUAAUGUUACUUGACUAUUACUUGUUUGUUUCAUGACUUCUCUGAUUUUGUGGAUUAGGAGGGAAAUAAUUAAUUUUCAUUUCCUCUAUUGAAAAUGCAAA